AAAUAAUCCAUAAACCAGUGAUAAAAAUAUUAUACAACGCAUUCACACCUAUUUUCACACUAACCCACGCAAACACAACGUGUUGUCAGUAGCAGAGGCUCCUCUCGAAACGAAAUGUUGUGUUCUUAGUUUGACGGUGAUAUUUUGCUGAGUCCAGGUGAAAAUAGGAUGCAAGCAAGUUAAAAAGGAAACUAUGGACGUUAUCCGAACUGGCACCUACUAAUAUUUAUCUGCUUUAUAAAAUUGUAUAUUGACUAAACAUAUGGAAUCUGAAUUGUCACCAGAUUGCGAAAAAAAUAAAUCACCAGUGCAGAAAAAGGAAUAUCAAUGGGAAGAUUUGAGAAGGGAUCGUAACGCAGGUGGUUAUCCUUGGACACACCUCCUAAAAGUGCCACUAGAAGGUGAGAUCACUGCUGAAGAUAUAAUCCGAGAAUCGACUCCAAGAAGAAGUAUGUCGCGGGAAUUUUCUAAAUCCCGGACCCAUUCACCUGUAGACCGAGGUGGUCAAAAAAUACUUAAUCUUGACUCAUCUCCAGGAAGCAGUAGAAAGCAUGGCGAAGAAGGUGAAGAUGAAGGAGUCCAUGUACCAAAUUUUUCGAAAGAAAUAUCUUUAGACUCUGAUGACGACAUUCUUAAAACAAGCAGUUUACAUACGCCAAAUGCCCCUGAAAGUUACGCUAGUGCAUACUUAGUGACUCCAGCAGUAAUACCUAAAAGUGCAUCUCCAAAAAGUAUAUUGAAACGACGUAUACCAGAACCACAGUACAUAGGUGUGUCGGAAACACGAGAAAAAACCAAAUGUUGUCACCCACUUGUAAAUAAAAUAAAACAUUUAGCCGACAAAACAUUACAUAAGUUAGAAAAAGCUGAAAAUGAAAAGUCACCGCUGACGAAGCGUAAAAAAAAUGAUAAAGUUCAAGAAAUAAGACAAUUAAAAAAUUCACCUGGAGCCGUCCGAAGACAAAAAUUUAGUGCUAUUAGGUUAGGCGAUUCGGAUGAAAUGAGUAAAACUAUGAGUAUAGACACACCACCGCCAAGGAAAAAAAAAGAGCACAUUUACGAAGAUAUUGAUGAAUCUAACAACGUUGACUUGGAAAAAUCAUUACAUUUUGCAUCCGAUUUAAAAACACAGUACAAUGACAGUAUUAAAGAAACUGAUAGUUUUGCAGAAAAAAAAUCAAAUGCUUCUCAAGAUCCUAGUUUAGUAACUGAUGAUAAUUUAUCUUUAAAAGCUGACGAUCACAUAAUGGAAAAAUUAUAUAAAAAAAAUGACAUAAACAGAGAAGCCAUGCUUUUAGAUGAGGAGAUGGACCCGGAUGAACCUAAGGUUGAAGAAGUUUUCCAAAAUCAAAAGGAUGACACCCGAAAAUGUGAUGACUCUCCAAACAUCACCAUUACUGAAAUAACCAAUGAUGAUAAUACUAUAGAACAAUCUACAACUAUUCCUAUCGAGACAUCACCAAGCCCGAGUCCUCGUGAUACUGAACGGAAACAAAAAAAAGCGGACUCCAGUGAUAUCGAAUGGUCUAGACCCAACAGUGAUCACGAAUAUGAAAUAAUUGAAAAGCCGCCUCCUAAUAUAAUUUAUACUUCACCAAGUCUAGAUGAAAAACCAGUCAUGGUUAAAACUGAAGACGAGCUAUCUAGUACAACCUCGUUGGAGCGAAAAUAUUUACAACAUACUUCUGAUGAAGAUGACCACAUUGAAGAUGAUGAGAAAGUUAAUACAAACGAAGAAAAAAAUGAGAGUUUGAUAAAUGCUGAAGCUUUACAGAAAGACAUUGAAGACCGGUUUUUUGUAAAUACACCUUCAAGUGCAUCGAGAACUGAAUGUGAAGUUAGUACGAGUCAAGUUGAGGAUUCUUCUGCAUUAGAAAACUUGCCUUUAAAACGAAGUAGUCGGAACAAAAAUUCUGAUGUUACAGAGAACAAAAUACAACAACGUAUUAAAGAAGGAACAGGCAAAUUAAAAUCACAAGCUGGGAAAUUAAAAGCUAAAUUACAUAAUAUAAGAAAUAAGCAAUUUAGCUUACCAGAGAGGCCUAAGUUUAAAAUGCCAGAUCGACCAAAACUCUCCUUGCCAGACAGACGAAAAUUCAGUUUGCCAGAGAGACCUAAAUUUAAAAAAAUCAAUAUAUCUGAAAAGUUAUCGUUUGGUGACCGAAAAAAAUUUAGUUUUCCAGAUCGACCUAAGUUUAAUGUUGGUGAAUUUCCUAAAUUUAAAAUGCCUGAACGGCCAAAAAUAAGUUUUGCUAGUCUUGGUAGAAAAAAGGAGCAGAGAAUUGAUAGCAAUAUGUCAGGAUCAACAUCAGACUUACAAAAUGUUGCCUCCGUAGAAUUUGAAGCUAAAACGUAUCCAAGAUUAUUUAGUAGGAAGAAAAAACCUCCAUUAACAAAAACCUCUUCUUCUCCAACAUUAAACAGAGAAGAUACACCACCUCCAAUAUUCACAUUUACGAGGAUGAAAAAAAGUAAUCAAGAUGAACUUUCAUCGUAUAUACCAGAUACAUCAGAACAACCACGAGAGUACGGUAUUGUUGAUAAUGACGCCAACUAUGGUACUGAAACUGAAGGAAGAAAGCAGUUUAGUACCACGUAUGAUUUUGAUAAAUUGGACCAAGAAUACGUAGAUGAUGAGCAAAAUCCACAAAACCUAAAUGACAAUACUAGCUCUACUCUAGAUGUAUCACCGUCUAAUCAAGAAUAUACUCAUAUAAACGAAUUAAAUAAUGACGAAUUUUUUGUACGACCGAGAGGAAUUUCUCGCGAAAAUAUUCAAGUUCGAGAAUACUUAAGCGAUGAAAUACGACAAGCAUUUAAUAUUCCCAAAAAUGUUCUCGCUGUAAUGGGAAGCUCUGAGGGAAUAAAAAAUAUUUAUGCUAACGAACCAGAACCAGAAGUGGAUUCGGAACUUAUGAUUGAUGAUAGUGAGGCUAUGAGGUAUUCAACCGAGGAUAUAAAUGAAAGAGAUGAUGGAUAUUACACAUUCCCACCUGUUAGACCUUCAAGAGCCAAACGAAAGAAAAAAGAAACUGAGUCAAUUAAAUACAUAGAUGACAGUGUGAAUGCCAGCAUGCAAUUUAGUGAGAUAGACUUAGGACUUUCAGAGGAUCAGCUAGAUAACAAGAAAUUAAAUGGUGAUGCUGCUGAUAGAGAAAUCGACUUUCAUAGUUCAGCCAAUGAAUUUGACUUAAAACCAACUACAGAUCUACAAUCUAUACAUGAAUAUGCAAAUGAUGAUGUUAUAGAAUAUCCGGAUAGUCUCACGAUCCAGUCAAAAACUCUUCCUAUGCCACCAAAAAGGAAGAAAAAGACUAUAAAAAAGGACCAUAAACAUUCGUCGUUAAAUAGCUUUACUGUACCAGAUAUGUGGCAAUCAUCCAAGAACCAGAACGAAGAUAUCAUCGUAUAUAGAACCGAACACGAAUACAUUGUUCCUCAUUCUUAUAAGUCAGCAGCUGAACAAAGCCCUUUGGCUCCAAGACGAAAUCGAUCCAGAAGCUCUCGGACGACGUCUGUAUGUGAUGAUGAUCGAACUUCACAUGGAGCUGAAUCUUUAAUUCUUGAUACUCAAAUACCUGUCACUGAGGAUAUGAAAUUAGAAGCAAGUACACGACAAGAAAGUCCUGGCUAUGCUACGGUUGAUAAAAGUUACAUAUCGGGUAAAAUAACUAGACGAUCAAAAAGUAAAACACCACCAGUUAGACGCAAAAGUAACAGUUCUGAACGUAAAUAUUACACAGUGUCGGGUAUUAAGUCUGCUCUACCAAAUCGGCCGCCGAGAAAGAAAUCAUCGACUAGCCUUAUGACUUUAAAUAGUUUUAGAAAAGAUUCCUUUAACGGAAAUGUUACGCAGUACGAUGAAAUAGGUGAACCUCAGUUCGAAGAAGUACACAAAGACCUUCAAUCAGGAGAAGUUGUGAGCAAAAUGAAAGAUCGACCUUUACCUCCUCCACCACGUCCACCAAGAGGACCGAGACGAAAAAAAUCAGAUGACAUAAUAGAACAUUACAAAUCUAAAUCAGAGACACAAUUGCAAACUUCCCCUAGAUUCAGUACAGACGAAACUGAAGAUGUGGUUGAAAUUGAAGUUUCGACCCAAACAGACCCUUUACCAGAUGACAUUGAAUUUGAUUUAGGACUUGAUGAUAAUCUAGAUGUAUCUAUGACUAGCUCAUUAAGAGACAUUAUCGAUGAAGAAUCCAUACUGGGUAAAGUUUGUGAUAAACGUGUCCAGCCACGUCGUCCUUCCCGUUCUGUUUCAAGGUCGGAAAAGUCUCUGAAAUUGUCAGAUCCUAAAAUGUCUGAUUAUUCUAAACAAAACCUUGGCCGUACUUCACCGGCGGUUAUAUUAGUGGAAAAACGUGUAUCAAGUCCUACUAAAAUAAAUGAAAAAGAUGAAAUCUUAACUGAAGCCUCUUUGACUGUAAAACAUAUUAAUAUUGAUGAAUCUCAGAUACCAGAUGUACCACCACUUCCUAAAUCAGUCCAUAAAGUCACACCAAAUUCAGAUUUAUGUAAUGAUAUAACCACGGAAGAAGGCCGAGCUCUUAAAAGAGUUUCUGAUUCAUGCAGAGAUGUACAACUUGACAAUUUAAUAACACAGAGACUUCAGGUAAAAGAUUUGGAUGUGGGUCGAUUAAACGUAUCCGAGUUGCAGGCAACAAAAAUUCUAGUGUCCGAUAUUGAAGGAAUGACAUUAAAUGUAAACGAAUUAGACUCCAAGUCGGGUCACAUUUCAGUAAACGGAAUAGAAUUUUCACAAUCAGUUAUUGACGAAAUAGUCAAAAAAUUUGCUGAAAUUUCAACUAUCUCAGCUACGACUAUACAACAGCCAGCUACACAAACGAUUGAAAUGGUGGAAGUAGCAAGGCCAAUAAGUAGAGAAGAGGAAACUCAAACAGAAUCUCCACCAGCGGAAACUAAAACUUCACCUUCGGCCGAAGUACCUUCUGAAACUAUUGAAGAAAUUACUGUGCCACCACAACGACCACCCCCUCCUGACUUAACUCCGCUUUUAUAUUCAUAUCUACAGGACAUGUCAAUCCCAUCGACAUCAUUGCAGCAGGCUAGUUCAUUCCGGGAACGACACGUAGGCGAAUUUCAUGAACAGCUUCCAGCGCCGCCGCCGCCACUUCGACGGUCAAAAAGGAAACCAACAGUUCCACUCAGUGAAUCUAGCUCCGAUGAAAACAAGCCUAGACCCUCACCGAGGCGAAUGCCGCCACAGGCUAGAGCUCACGAACCUUCAAUAACGGAAGCUGGGGCCCAAUUUCUUCGUGUAUGUCAGAAUUCUAUAAGUAGAACUUUUAGAAAUAUUUUCAAUACAUUCAUGUCCUACAUAAGUGGAACAGAAGAUAAAAGGGAUGUUCAAAUGGCAAUGGUUAUAUUUCUCGUUUUGAUUGCAGGAUUGAUCAUGUUCGGUUUAAGUGAUAGUAGAACAAUACAUCAUCAUCACUGGGAAUUUUUCAAUCCACCGGACAAUAAGCAAUGAGUUUAGAGGAUGAUCAGGAAGUACUUAAUAAUUGAACAAAACAACAUGAACUACUUACUUUCUGUUUGAUAUUAGCAAUUACUUUAAAGUUUGAAAGCAUAUAAAAUAUAAUAAUAGCAAGCAUUUCUAACCAAACUUUCCAGCACUAUGUAUACCAUAUGUCUUUUUAUUUUGUUUUUCAUUUAAUAAUAAAAUGAGUUCAAAAACGUGUGUUUUACGAGCAAAGGCCCUUUUGACUCAAUCGUCAUGUUUUUUAUUAUAAGAAAUAAGGUAUGUACCAAAACUUAACCUUCAUUUUUUGGUAUUUCAUUUAAUAUUUAUAGCAGGAUUAAUUUAGAUACUGUGACAAAUCGAAUGUUAUGUUAAAAAAAACAAAAGUCAUGGCUCUAUAAUUACACCGGUCAAUUAAUUAGAGAGGAGAUAGUAAGUUUCAUCAAAUAUUAGAUUUAGUAUUUAAGGUAAAUUAUCUAUUAAAAUUAUAAAUAAACUAACAUGCAUACAAAUACUACUUAUAUAUAUAUAUAUAAGUAUGAUGGGUUGUCACUUAAAUAAGUGAUUAUAGAUCCUCGAUUUUGCUGACAACAAAAAUGCCGAAAGUUUCUUCGUUCGUCAAAACACUAAUAUCGUCACCUUUCACAUACCGAUUUCACAUUAAAACAGCAAUUAUAUUUAAAACUUAACUAUGUAGAAUUUUGUACGUAUUUAAUCUUUAAUGUGUAUUUUAAUUAUUCAAACCUAAAAUUUAUAUCCUCGGGUCUCUAAAGCAUUAUUUUGUAUCUAUUUAGAUUUAAUUGUAUAAUUAUUAUUAUUAUUGUCGUAGCUAGAUAUAUACGUUGUUAUUAAUUGCACUGUUAUCUAUGUAAACGUAGUUUGUGGUAUGAUAUUAUGCAUUUUGUAAAUGAUUGGUGU